UCUCCGCGUCUUCUUCUUCUUCUUCCUGCUCUUCUCAUCUUACUCAAACGUCAGUUCCUCGCUACAUAGAGGAGAGAAUGAAAGCCAAGGUAAAGGGCCGAUAUGAAGCCCGUUGCGGCGCUGCUUCAGCAGCAUUCUCCGUAACCUCCGACGAUUUCAAGCUCAGCGCUACCCUCACUGACGCAACAUUCUCCACUGCUCCCUCUCUCACCGGACUCGCCCUCUCCCUCCACAAGCCCGGCUCCUUCUCUCUCAUUUUUUAUGUUAUCAAGAAGGAUUUUGACUUCAAAUUCAUUAAUGAGGUGACCUUUAUGGGUCAAGCAAUGAGGUUGGCCUACACCCACACCCACGCUAUUAGUGGCAAUAGCCAGAUGACACUUUUAGGGUCAACAAACGUCAAUAUUGUAAAUAAUGUUGGGUUAGGUUAUGAGUUUUGCUCAGGGGUGAUGAAGGUGAGGUAUGCCUACACUCAUGGAGAUUUAACGAAGAAGAUUGUAGUCGAGCCUUGUUUAGAUUUGUCAAAAAAUGCUUGGGAGUUUGCAGUGACAAGGUGGAUUGAGGAGAGGGAUUCUCUUAUGGCUAUUUAUCAUGCAGGAUCAAAGGAGCUUGGGAUUGAGUGGCGACAAAAGUCGAAGGUUAAUGGGUCUUUUAAGGUUUCUGCAUGUUUCAACUUGGGGAAACUGAAUGAAUUUCCUAAGCUGACGGCUGAGAGUUCUUGGAGUUGUGGCAUAUGAUAUUGCUGAUGAAGAUGAAGAAGAAGAUUUUCCUGGAGAUUUGUGUUUUUGUUUUGUAGAUUUUUUUUUUCGAAAUAUUUUAAUCAGCAUUGUCCAAAAUAAGAUAAUUUUUUAGAUUAAUGAGCAUGAAAUCAUAUUA